ACAGUUCACAAUGCAGACCCAGGGCAUCUUCUGAGGUUUUACAAAACGUAGCGGGGUGGGGUCGCUCUGAUGCGCAACCAGAAAGCCGAUCCAGACCGCGAAUGCAAUGUGCUCCACACAGCAAAUCCAGUCUAUUUCAAUUUAAAUUAUUUUAGCUGUGCAGAACUAGUAGCCUACAAAGGUCUUUGCCUAUUUGUAUUAUUAGACUCUUACAUUUCUUACCAUCUAGCAAGCAUCGUAGGAUUUCUGAAAAAAAUGAGACAUAGGUGGACAAGUACAUUUUCCUGACUGGACAGCAUUUGAGUGGGUGCAGGGAGCAUCAUUUACCCGUCUCCAGUUCGUGAGUAGGACGUUCUUUCAGGACUCUCAUCAGUAGCCUAACACUUUGAUUCAGAUUUGAAGUACAUAGGUUAUUCUAUCUCCAUCGUUGAUUAUGGCAUGGCCGUGCAUCACACGGGCUUGCUGCAUUAACCGCUUCUGGAGUGAAUUAGACAAAGCGGACAUCGCCGUGCCUCUGGUUUUCACGAAAUAUUCGGAUGUGGCCGAGGUGCAACACCUCCAUCCUCAGCCUCCAUCUAGACAGAAGAGGACCGGACCUAUCACCAUAGAAACCCAACCUUCUCACAGUGAACCGGCGGCGGUGGCGGCCAAGGCACCGCCCGCGACUGGUGCCGCAUCAGGAAAACAUGGCUGUAGUGCGUCUGUGAUGCGCCAGGAUUUCAGGGAAUGGAAAGAUAUACGCCCGGAGCCCAGCUACAAACCCAAGAAUGAAUAUCACCCCUCGGCGACUCCUUUCAACAACGUAACCCAGUAUCAGAAGGAUUAUAAACCAUGGCCUGUCCCGAAAAAGGGAGACCACCCCUGGAUCCCCAAACCCAGCCCCACUGCCACCUCCGGUGCUCAAGAAGGAGGCGUUGGGACCAAAUUGGAGCAUGCAGUCACAGAGCCCGAGAGCGGUGUGGAGAAGAGUGAAAUUGAAGAAAAGGUGCAAGAGAAAGAAUCCAUAGAGAGGAAAAAGAAACCAUUGAAGGAGAAGAGUGUAGAGAAGAAAGUGAGUGCCAAAACGGAGGGACAGCCACCAGCAGGUGGCACUGUGGAGGGGAAAGGAAGGGCAGCAGCAGACGCGCUGAACAGACAGAUAAAACAGGUCGUCUCAACUGGCACUGGCAGCUCUUAUAGGAAUGAGUUCAAGGCAUACAAAGAUGUGAAGCCAGUGAAGUUAACCAAGCCCCAGUCUCAGUACAAACCUCCUCUGGAUGAGAAGGACAAGACCAGCCUGGAGACCAGCUACAGCGCCACCUACAAGGGGGAGCAGACCAAGGUGCAGCCCACUGACAACAAGCUGCUGGAGCGCAGAAGGAUACGCAGCCUGUACAACGAGCCGGGCGGCAAGGAGACCACCAAGGACUGUUCUGAGACUGAGAGCAGCUCUAUUCUAGAUCUGCUGUAGUCAGGUGGACAAGACAAAAACUAAACCAAAAAAGACACCAACAACAACGAGCAAAAUGGUGAAAAAGGUGAAAGAGAAGACCAUCGCUGGUGCACUGUCAACCAAGAAGAAAACCUCCACGAGCACCAAACCAGACGAGUCCAAGCCAGGAGGAGUUAUCUCAAAGAAGAGCAAAGAGAUAAGCAAUAGACUGGCUGAGGCAAAAAAGUAAAAACAAAACAUCUCUGCACUACUUAAUUUGGGGAAUUAAAGGCUGCCUAAAGAAUUAGAGAAAUCUCAACCAUUUUGUCUAUCUCUUUCUCUUUGUCUUUUCCUUCAUGUUCCUCAUCUCUGUGUAUACUCACUAGAUGUGGAGCUUUUAAGUUGAAAGUUUGACAUCUUCACCAUGCCCUCCUUUAACUAUAAUGCUUUGUGUGUGUGUGUGUGUGUGUGUGUGUGUGUGUGUGUGUGUGUGUGUGUGUGUGUGUGUGUGUGUGUGCGCGUGUGUGUGUGUGUUUGCGUGCGUGUGUGUGCACUUCCUCUCUCUGUUAAAACUUCAGCACCAUUUUUGCACAUUAUUUUGUUGCAUUUGUCAAACCUUUGUUGAAAGAAUGAUUAACCAUUCUAAAACAGAGGGACAUUGAUACAGAGUAUGUGGCUCUUAAACGGCUGUUGAAGGCAGUGAGAGGUUUAGCUUUGUUUUCUGACUACCUAUCAUCAUAGUGAUGAUGGAUUCUCUAUGGUUCUUCUUUUCCAUCUCUUAGACGGCAUUGACCAUGUGGUCUCUGCAGAUAUAAAAUCUUAACUACUGUAGCAUUUCCUGGUUACAGUGACUGCGCUCUUUCGACCAAGAUUUAAUAUCAUUUAAUAUUUCAUCAUAUUCGGGAGGAUAUCUGGUUUCAUAAAUUUGGUUGCUAAGAAACCAAUUGAACUGUAAUGUAAUUGCUACAGCUUGCAUGCAAGGCCCUAUUUGUGGUCACAAUCUAGCUUGUAAUUGAAAUCAUUCAUGAGAAAUCAAAUGGAGGCAAACCAUUUCCAGAAUAACUGCAUGUGUAGUCAUAGUCUGAUCUCAUACCAUAAGUGUCUACACAAACAAACAAGAAAACUGUCACUGACUUACAGUACAGAAGAUAGCACUUAGUACUCUAGUGCCUAUUGAAACUGUUAUGUCAACCCACCAGCUUUGUAGUUCUGCCUUCACACACAUGGUUCUACUGCCUUCUUCAAUGUGAGAACCACUCUGUCCACUUUCCAGUUAUUUGAUACAGUAUGAAAACGGAUGUAUUUCUGAUAAUAUACCCCUAUUUAAUGAUUCGUCGUUAUUGUAGCCAUUACAAAGCUGUGAUGCUAUUGGUGUGCAAAAACAUGUAUAAUGUAAAAGAAUUAGCAUAUGUAUGAUAUAGGACAUAGGAAAACCUACUGUAUUUACUCAAUCACCUCCACUUUCUUCAAUGGGCUCAGUAGUUAGGUGUAGAAAGAUAAGGAGGGGGCCAGGAUAAGAAGAUCAAAACCACUUUUUGGAACAUGCAGCUGUCUGUCUGGAACCAUUGAUAUCACAUCUAUUCACAGUAAGUGCUACUCUGAAAUCAUCUCACCCUGUCUUUCUUAUGUCUGUGCACCUGCAGUCCGCCAGUGUGUUACAGUAUGUGGCAGUCCUCUCAUAUGCUGCUGUGUGUCUGCUACUGUCUAUUGUACCCCCAGACCACCCUGCUCUCUAGUGCCUGUCAGGGUUCAGUGUGUUAGACCUCCGCAACUCGCCGGCUCCUAGCGCCUGCCCCCCCAGUACAGUAACUAACGUGCUGAGCACACCACACCUCGGUGCUAUUACUCUCUCAUCUAUAUGCUGUCAGUUUGAUGCGAAUGUACUCAAACCGUGUGAAAUGAAGACAAUAUGAUGUCAUUUACUGCAGACGUGUUGUGAUUGUGUGCUUGUAUUCUCAGCUUGCUCUGAAUGAACUAAUUAAAAAUGUUGAAGCAGAA